AUGAAUGAAACUACAGACAAACUUAACUCUUCUCUUAUUCUUCCUUUCAGUAAGGACUAUGAGUUCUGUUCAAAUGGUGUGUAUUUCUAUUGUGGAAAGAUGGGUUCAGGUAAGACAUUUAAUUUAAUUCGUCAUAUACUCAUAACAGAACGUUUAGGAAAUGACUCAUAUUAUGACCAAAUCAUUAUAUCAGCAACUUCAGACUCUAUGGACUCAACAGCGAAAACAUUUAUGUCAAAAGUUCAAGCCUCUGUCGUUAAAGUUCCAGACAGUGAACUCAUUGAAUUUCUUCAACGUUACAUUCGACGUAAGAGGAAAUAUUAUGCCAUCGUAAAGAUGGGUUCAGGUAAGACAUUUAAUUUAAUUCGUCAUAUACUCAUAACAGAACGUUUAGGAAAUGACUCAUAUUAUGACCAAAUCAUUAUAUCAGCAACUUCAGACUCUAUGGACUCAACAGCGAAAACAUUUAUGUCAAAAGUUCAAGCCUCUGUCGUUAAAGUUCCAGACAGUGAACUCAUUGAAUUUCUUCAACGUUACAUUCGAAGUAAGAGGAAAUAUUUUUUCUAA